UUUAUCUUUAGUGGAACGUCAAGAACCUUGCUUAGUUUUGCUGUUUAUUUUGUUGUCCUUAUGGCGUACCUUCGCCAGCAGCCGGUAAACACCCUUUGUCUUGCAGAGUUAUCCCAAUCAUCUGCCAAGGUGUUGAGGCUGCAAGAUUUACUAGCUCUUCAUCUGCCGAAGUCAUACUCUCGGAUGCGACUGCUCCACACUUCGAGGUUUGUGAGAACCACACAAUUUACUUUUGGUGCUCGGCCGAAAAGCAGUCGCAUCUCUUCGGGGCGUAUAGCAAAAGCCAUACGUUCAUCAUCAACCGGUCAGCGAAAACAUCGAGUAAAACGCCGCGCCGGUGUCAGAUCAACUGAUCGACCUUUGUUAAAUCCUAAGCAAAUCGUUACCCCACAAUCAGGGCAGAAUGUUAUUGUCAGCGGUGGCUCUUUCGUGAACGACCUGUUUGAAAAGCCCCUCGCUGUCAGAGUUAGUGAUGACGUUACUAUGACAAUUUUCCAGCCGUUAAUCGUGCCAGGGACCACCUCAUCCCCGAUCAAAAGGGCGUUCACCAGCUCUUUCUGUCAUGACAGUGAUUUAGGUGGUGUGGCACAUCCUCUCACGCGCAGCUCUGGAAAGUCCAGCGUGGUAUCUUCUUUAGGUCGAACUUACUCUCAGGAUGGGGAAACUCGCGCCCAGUCCCAAGUGACAGUGGCGGCCCAACAGCGGGCAGAAGCUGCGUAUAGACGACAGCGCAUGGCACAGGAAAGAGAGCAGACCGCUGUUUUACGGGCUGAGAUGGAGGUUGAGCGGGCUCGCAUGCUGAAGGAAAUGACCUGUGGAAGCAGAAGACCUUCAUACUGCUUAGAACUGGAAAAUCUAAAGGAAGAGGCACCGGAUGACGUGCGUAAAAACCUGGUGGAAUGUCUUAAAGACUACUCCACCAUCGAGGAAAAGAAUGCACGAAAUUCACUCCCCAAUGAAUACCCAAAGUCUGCUGUUAUUAUGAGAAGCGAAUCAAGGGACGAGACAGGUGCAAACCAGAACACCGAACACCAAUCUCAAGAGAGCGAUGAAAAUGAAAAUUUAGAGAGACGAAGUAGUACAGAGCAGAACAGUGAUAAAGAUCUUUGUCUUAGCGUGGAACAACAGCCUUCGUUACCAACUGGAAAAAUUGGCUCACCUCAGGCGUUCCCUGGCAGUGUGCGCAUCGAGGAAAACAAGCAGACCCGUGGGUAUUCAGGUGAUGAAAAGCCCCGACGACGCUCGGGAAUGGAACAGAUCCUGGCUCUGAAAGUUAACAAAGAGAAAACCAUAGAAGAAACCUCCCAAGAAAUCGAUGGGCCACAAAAACGAAAGAGAAAUGAAGAGGCAUCGAUUGUUCAAGAUUCAGAUACAAAUCAGAGUCAAACUUUUGGAAAAAGAGUGGUCGAUUCUAAAGAUGUUACGGCGAUCACGAGGGACGAUUCCGUGGGAGUAAGUGGCGAAAAUUCAACGGCGCAGGAUGAUAGCGUGAAGGUAACGAGUCCUAAUGGACCAGUUCCAAUAGGUGAGACAACAAACGACGUAAACUAUGCUAGUAGUGACACUCAUCCGGUCGCAGUUACUGAAAAUGUGAACGAAGAGCAAACACGCUUAGAAACCAAAGACAAGAACGAUGAAGGCGAACACCAUCAACAUCUGAACGAGAAAAGUGACAACGCCGCAAACGGUACAGAACCGAGGCAAACAGUGAUCAAAGGGUCUAAAGGGCAGGAUCCUGAGAAAAUAGAGAGCAGUCUUGCGAACAUUGCUCUGAGUGAGAAUGAAGAUGGAAAUGUGGGGACAGAAAAUGAUAAAAAUGAACAGUUUGAUCAGCUGCGUCAGAUCACACUCCAAGGAAAAUGAACAUCAUAUAUAAAAACAAUUGGUCGAAGGACCAAAUCUCCUUGGUUUCCCGAAUCAUUCAAAGGACUUUUAAGCCUGCUUAGCUAAGAGAGGGACAGUGACGUUUCUCGGAAGAGAAACUACUAAAAGAAAAGUAACGCCUCUACGUAAGAAGUAACAUGGUUUGAACUUUUAUCUUAGUGUAGUACAAAACUGAAGAAAGCAGGGCUUGAGAACUGUGUCAAAAAUGCGUUUGAACCAUUGGUUAGAUUAACUGUAUAAGUAUUUUAAAUAAACCCAUUUUAGAAAUCUCUCUGCGAAGAGGCUGUGAUGGCUCUGUCGGAGGACAGUUUCACAAGAUAAAAAAUAAAGAUAAAUCAUAAUAAUGAAACGAAAAGAAGUGUAAAACUAAACCAGUAAAUCGAACAUUGUCACUUGACUUGAAGUCCACCAUCAUGGUGAACCACCUUAAACUAUUUAAAAUGAUCCACGACGCUUUAUCACGACGCUGAAUGAGCCAUAACAGUAAUAAUAAGACUUACUUCUACAGCAGCGGCAACUAACUUUGAUCCAAUGAUUAUAAUAAAAAUAAUAAUAAUGAUAAUCAUAGCAAUAAAGUUUCUAAAAAAUGAUGAGAAUGAUAAUCAUGUUUUUUUUAAAGUUUAACUCACAUGGCUCUACCCUUUUAGACGAUGAAUGACAACUAAAUUAAAGAUAGGUCAAUCUACCAUAGACAAGCUGAUAUCUCAUAUCUAAAUUAAUGUAUAUUCUAAUUUGUAAAACAAAACUUUGAACAUGUAAUAAAAGUUACACGGGGGUUUA